GAGCCGGUGGGCACAGACAUGCCUGUGCUGUCAGAGGAUUCGGGCUUGCAUGAGACCCUGGCGCUGCUGACCUCUCAGCUUCGACCCGACUCCAACCACAAGGAGGAGAUGGGAUUCCUGCGGGACGUGUUCAGUGAGAAGAGCCUCAGUUACUUAAUGAAGAUUCAUGAGAAGCUCCGCUAUUAUGAGAGACAAAGCCCGACCCCCGUGCUGCACAGCGCCAUGGCGCUCGCCGAAGAUGUGAUGGAGGAGCUACAGGCCGCCUCCGUGCACGGCGACGAGAGGGAGCUGCUCCAGCUGCUGUCCACCCCCCACCUCAGGGCCGUGCUUAUGGUACAUGACACGGUGGCCCAGAAGAACUUCGACCCUGUCCUCCCUCCUUUGCCGGACAAUAUUGACGAGGAGUUUGAAGAGGAAUCGGUGAAGAUCGUCCGCCUGGUGAAGAACAAGGAGCCCCUGGGCGCCACCAUCAGACGGGAUGAGCACUCGGGGGCCGUGGUCGUGGCCAGGAUCAUGCGAGGGGGCGCGGCGGACCGGAGCGGCCUGGUGCACGUGGGGGACGAGCUCCGAGAAGUGAACGGGAUCCCCGUCCUGCACAAGCGGCCCGACGAGAUCAGCCAGAUUCUGGCUCAGUCCCAGGGCUCCAUCACCCUGAAAAUCAUCCCGGCCACCCAGGAGGAGGACUGCCUGGAGGAGAGCAAGGUGUUCAUGCGAGCCCUCUUCCACUACAACCCUCGGGAGGACCGGGCCAUUCCCUGCCAGGAGGCAGGCCUGCCCUUCCAGCGCAGGCAGGUCCUGGAGGUGGUGAGCCAGGACGACCCCACAUGGUGGCAGGCCAAGCGAGUGGGGGACACGAACCUUCGAGCCGGCCUCAUUCCUUCCAAGCAGUUCCAGGAGAGGCGGCUGAGCUUCCGGAGAGCCACGGGCACCCUGCCGAGUCCCCAGAACCCCAAGAGGCCCCCCUAUGAUCAGCCUUGUGACAAAGAGACCUGUGAGUGUGAAGGAAGCCCCCGGGGCCACUACGUGGCUGGACUGCGGAGGAGCUUCCGGCUGGGCCGCAGGGAGAGGCUGGGCAGCCCACUGGACGGAAAGGCCCCCGCGCUAGCUGACUCUCCCAGACCCCUUCCCUCCACUACCAAUGGGCGGCUUCGUAGCAUGAGGGGUGAGCGGCACAGGUGGGUUUGUGGCUUACACCUGCCAACUUGAGGAAGGAGUGCCCACGCUGGGCAGUGACGCGCCUUCGCCCAGAUGUCCGCCUCUUUUUUUCUCCUUAAAGACACCACCAGGUCCCGGAAGAGCCACGAGAAGGAUGGGGUGGAGUAUCACUUUGUCUCUAAGCAAGCCUUUGAGGCGGACUUGCAGCACCACAAGUUCCUGGAACAUGGCGAAUACAAGGAGAACUUCUACGGGACCAGCCUGGAGGCCAUCCGGGCGGUCAUGGCCCACAACAAAGUGUGCUUGCUGGACGUGGAGCCCGAAGCUUUGAAGCAACUGAGGACCCCGGAGUUCAAACCCUACGUUAUCUUUGUGAAGCCUGCCGCUCAGGGAAACAGGAUGACCCCUCCCAUGUCCCCAGCAGCCCCACUUGAGGAGCAGCAGCAGGAGCUGGCCGCCUCUGCCGCCUUCAUCGACCAGCAUUACGGGCACCUGGUGGACGCCGUGCUGGUCAGGGAGGAUCUGCCGAGGGCAUGCUGCCAGCUCCUAGCGAUCUUGGAGAAGCUCAGCAAGGACACUCACUGGGUACCUGUCAGUUGGGUCAGGUAACUGUCCUAGAAGGUUCUGGCUGGAGGGGACCUCCAAGACCACCUCAUCCGGCCACCCUCUUGGUACCAUCAAGGAAUCUGCAGCGUGGGCAGGGGUGGAGUUCCCCACGGCCUCCAUCCUCCAGAGGAUGCUAAGCGCCAAGUUUCGUGUGCGGUUGGUUUUUGUCUGUUGUUUCUCGAAAUGUGACCCGAGAGAGGCCUAUCCCAGAAUAACACAUUUCAUCCAUUAAAGGGUCCCAGGCAA